UGUUUUCAAAAGUUUGCGUUUUCAGGCCCCAAAACGCCGUUGUCGUGUAAACGAACAGCCAACACACAUAAAAAGUUUUAUGUUUUUAGUUGAAAACGUUGUCGUGUCAAAAAAAUCGAUAUUUUUGAUACAACAUCAAAACCGGAAGUAUCUUUAGGAUCGAUCCGCCCAUCCCUAUCCUGUAGUCGGAUGGCUUUUCGACAGUGGGGUGUGUCUUUUGAGUAGUUGAUUCCUGUAUUUUCUGAGCGAAAUAUAGGGUUAUACGUUUAUGAAUUCGUGCUGUGUACGAAUAUGUCGCGACAAUUCUUAUGGAUCUUCAUCUUUCUCUUCGGAUUUAUGUCAGGUGAAGAUGUGAAGAAAGCCGUGGGUGAUGUUGUUACCUUUGGUCCAGACAGUAUUCCUUCUAUUACCAACAGCAUUUUGUGGAAACACAGAGACACUACUGGAACUGUUGUUAAGGCGAUUGAAUGGGACAGAGAUGAUGGUUUUGAUGUUCCAAAUUUAAAAUUUAAAGACAUCACAAGACUCAAUGAAAGUACUGGAGCAAUCACUAUAAAUAAUUUAAGACUUGACCAUACUGGACUUUAUACCAUUGAGAUCAACAGUAAAGAACAAGAAAAAAAAAUCCAGCUAACUGUUAUGGAGCGUGUCCCCAAACCAAAGAUAAACAAAGAGCAGUCAGGUAAUCCUAAUGUCAUGUAUUUAACAUGUAAGGGCAGUGCGACAGUCAUCUGGAGGAAUUCUACUGGAGAGCUACCGCUGGUCUCAGAGUCCUUAACAGUUAGAAAAACUGGUAUCGGAGACAACUACUACACUUGCACAUUCCAGAACGCAGUAAGCAGGGAAACCAGUGAUCCAGUCUAUGAGAGAGAUCUGUUUCCUGAAUCAAGCAAUGCAGUUGUCUUGGGGAUUGUAAUUUUCAUCAUCAUCAUCAUCAUCAUCCUUAUCGUGCUCCCUUGCCUUUACCUGUUCUUGGACUGCUUUCACGAUCCUGUUCAGAAUUGCGGUAAAGAUGUAAAAUGUUUCGGAGGAGUGUUGACGUUUCUGGAUAGACACAGAAAGACAAAUGGCUCUUCCUCUUGUGAUCAACAUCCUAAUGCUGAAGGACAAACGAUGGUAUCAACGAGUAAUAAGCCCAAAUCAGAUGACACUGAAAACUGAAAUGAUAGAAAUAGCAACUCUACUACUGCAUUGUUGGGGAGAAAGUGCAUCGAUGCUGCAGAAUGAAGACUUGUCAGCUUGAAAAAUUUCUUUCACAGGAACAAUCUUUGUUGUGUGAAUUUAGUUUGUUUGAGAGGACCAGACUUCAACCGUUGCUUAAUAUUGGCAUUUAUUCAUAAAUCACUCAUGAUUAGUGCUGUUCUAUGGUCUCACUGCAGACAGUCCUGAUUGUUUUUUUUUAAUCUGAUCUGACUAUCCACACUGUUAUUUGUGAUCAGUUCAAUCUGGGAUACAGCAUAUCUGCGUUGACUGCUGUGAUAAUGAUAUAGGCGUCUUCUACAGCAUAAGUCCUCAACCUUAGGGUCAGAGAUGCAGAUGGGGUCACAGGAGAUUUCCAUGAACUGUUAACUCCAUCUUAUUGAUGGUAUAUUUUAAAAAGUUUUUAAAGAGCAUCCUGAAAUGUAUUAUUUUUUCACAGCAGGUAAUGUAAACAUGUCUAUUUAGUUUUUGUUUUUUAAAUAAGUUGCAGGAUGUUGCAUGUUAAAACUGAGAUGUCAUGAUUGUUAGGGGAACACCAACAUUGUGCUACACCAAAAUUAAAUAAGGAAAUAUAAAAUAAAUUGCUAGACAGGAUUGCUCCUCUUUAAAUCACAAAUUAUAGUGCAUCUCAAUUCUGAAUUUAAAGGAACAGUUCAGCCAAAAAUGAAAAUUCUUUAAUUUAUUCACCCUCAUGCCAUCCCAGAUGCGUAUGACUUUCUUCUGCACAACACAAAUAAUGAUUUUUAGAAUAAUUUUUCAGCUCUCUAUGUCCUCACAAUGCAAGUAAAUGGUGACCAAAACUUUGAAUCUCCUAAAAGCACAUAAAGGCAGCAUAAACGUAAUCCACUCCAGUGGUUAAAUCAAUGUCUUCAGAAGCGAGCUAAUGGAUUUUGGGUAAGAACAGAACAAAAUUGUAUUAUUUUUUUGCUGUACAUCUUGCCAUUGCUGUCUCUUAGCACAAUCACAAUUUCAAGCUCAAUUACACUUUCUAGUGCUUGACACAUGCGCAGAGCACUAGAUGGCAUUAUAGGAAAUGUAAUCAAGCUUAAAAUCAUGAUGUCAAGAUUUAUAGUGAAAAAGGAGUAAUAUUUUGGUCCGUCGAUUAGAUCGCUUCAGAAGCCAUGGAUAGAAAUACUGGAGUCGUAUGGAUUACUUUUAUGCUGCCUUAGUGCCUUUAUGUGCUUUCUGGAGCUUCAACGUCCUGGUCACCAUUCACUUGCAUUGUAUGGACUUACAGAGCUGAAAUUUCUCAUUUGUGUUCUGCAGAAGACAGAAAAUCAUACACAUCUGGGAUGAUGUGAGGGUGAGAAAAUGAUGAGAGAAUUUUCAUUUUGGGUGAACUAUUGCUUCAAUGUGUUCAUCCUGGUUUCAGAGUACUGAGAGCGAUUCAAAUAAACUGGCAUCUUUAAAAUGAACUAGACUAUUUUUAUCAAUGUCAGGAUGGAUCUUGAGAGUUAUAAAAAUAAAUAGUGUGACUGGAAAGACUAUAUAAAUAAGGUCAACUUUUAAGACGAUGAACCAUCUGAAUGCCUAGAGAGUGAAAGACUCAAGUGUGAAAACGCCAUCGGUCAGGAAAUGUCAUUCUAGGUCAGUUGUGGUAGCUGGUGCAGUUGUGCAAUUACUGUGGAAAUUCAAAGGUUUUAAAAUAUGAACAACAAUGUAACUAUCAAUUUCUUUUUUCUACAUUUUCACAUUUAAAUGGUCUGCAUCUACCUACAUAAAAAUGUGCUACUUUGUAUUUGAUUGUAUGAAAAGAGGAACUCAUGUACGUUGAUUCUUGUUUUAAAAUUCUUAUUAAAAGAACAUUCAAAACCAGAAUCAUCACUGUUAAACAGUUAUACAGUUUCCCUUUUCUAGGCCCCAGCUGCUUUGGGCCAAAUGGGUAACUCCCUGUGAUGCAUUGCUUGGACUUUCCCCUUAGUGUUUGGGUGCGGUUUUGAUUGAGGACUAUCUUGCUCACUGAAUUCAAAUAUUUAUUAUUUUUUCGAGAUGUGGUUUUAAAGUAAAUCAAUAAUGACUUGCAAUCACCUAUUAGCUUUACUGUUUUUCAAAAAAUUGUAUCAUCAUUUUGUGCAUGUCUUCUGUUAAACUUGGUGUCCAUUAUUUCAAAUAUACGAAUGUAAAUGUCCUUCUUCCAUGUUCAUUCAGAAUGCUCAUUCUUGUUUAUAAUGUAAAGUUCGUGCUUCUCAUUUGAAUCAGUUUAUGCGUUUUGCAACGUGUCAUACAUCAAAUUAGAAUAAUUGUUCUUCAUUGGCUUUUUCAGUAAGUACCAGCAUAGAAAAGUGCUCCAUUAAAUGACCACACUGACCUAGAGGUUUUUGACAAAGAUGGAGAAUAAUAGUCUCCAUCUUUGUCAAAGAGAUUAUAGUCCUGAGGUCUGUGCAUACAUAAUAUUGUCAAGUUAUUUUUGUAUGGUGUUAAAUGUAUGCUGCCGGAAAAAAAAAGUAAUAAAAUGCUGAAACACUAACACAAAAAUGUUUUGCUUAGAUCAGAAAAACAAAAAAAACUAAGGAAGUACUUGGGUCACCAUGCUGCACUAUUUUUACUGUGACAUGAAGCAUGCAAAUGAACUCUUGGUGACAGUAGGGGGAUGGCCUCUGCUUUAAGUUAAAGGGAAAGCCAUAGACUUUGAGGUCUGCAUAUCUUGCAUAAGACCUUUGCUUUUUUUAUUCCCUUAGUUCAUUUAUAUUAACUAAUAUUUUUUAUUUAUUAAAAAGUAGAGUGAAUAUUAUGCAAUGUUGUAAGUUGGCAUUUGUGAAAAUUCUUAUUCAUCCACAUACAUGUGAAACUUGUAGAAAACCCACUAGUGAGGACAUUUUAGGUGGUCCUCACUAGUAAAAGGCUUAUAAUUCAGCCAAAUCAUGUUUAGCUUUAAAUCUAUUGAUUUGCACAGGUUUCUGUGGGGGGUAGGGAAUAGAAAAUAUCAUUAGCCUGCUAUGAAAUCAGUGGAAGUCUAUGAGAUGUCACUUAUCAAAUAUUUUGAGGGAGAAAAAAUGUCCUCAAACAACAAUAAAAAAGUAAACUUUCAAUGAUUGUUAAAUGUGUUAUUUUGCAGUUUUGUCUAUAAAAUUAGCAUGCAUGUAAAUAAUGGCAAGUGCAAUGAAUACAGACAGUAACAUUAUAUUCACUUUGUCACUGUAUUCCCUAUAUUGUAUUGUCUAUUUACAUUUAUUUACUUUUUAUUUAAAGUAAAAUAAUAAUAAUAUAAUCAGUUGCUUUUCUGCAAAACUAACAAAAGGUUGAAUGAUGUUAACAUGAUGAUAAUUUGGCUUUUUACCAAAAGUAUUAAUGCUUUUUCAGCUGCACUGAUGAAUAAAAAUGUAUGAACUUUUCUUAAAAGUGAGAUGUUUACUUGUCAAAUAAAAAUUUCAGUAAAUAUUGCUUUAUGCCACCCCCUUUGAUGCGUGUAUUCAUUUGUCCAAUAAUGAAUUUAUCAGAACCUUUAUACAUCAGAAAUUUAGGUGUAAGUUGUUUAUGCGAGUAUACCAUUGUUUCUGUGAAAAUAAUCUUUCACAUGGACUGUACUGGCACGUAGAUAUAUUCAUAUUUUAUUAUUAUUUAUUAUUAUUUUUACGUUCAUUUUAUGUUUUACUUGUUGUUAUUCUCUGUUUCACAUACUUUGAACUGUACCACAAUGCCUUAUAUUUGCCUUGUACUUUUUGCAUUUUACUUGUCUGUAACUGAACUAAAUAAAAAAAUAAUUAAAUUAAUUAAAAACUGUACUGGCACGUGGUAGCCGUUACUUUUCUCAGCACUGGUCAGGAUGGACCAAUUACUGUCGUUUGAGAUUACUGGACAUGUAUUUAGACUACAGAGGCUAAUUCCCGUUUGUAUACCAGUCACAAAUCAUUGGAAUUAACAGAUUUCAACAGUCACUAAUAGUAGAGGUUACAUAUGUUCUCAAUAUUUAAAAAAAUGACGGCUUCACGAAGGUGUCUGUAAGCGCCCUCUGGUGGAAGAACAGUCACUCACUCACCAUUUCCUGCCCAUUCGUUGUCACUCUGGUGUACCCGCGCUCGGCAACGACAGACAGGAGGGUUAGGAGGUGUACAAACAUGCCAUCUCUAAAUGCAGAAUUGACACCUUGCAGACGUCUACGUGGGUUAUCUGGUGUAACAACUGAAGGUGUUGAAGGUGGAGAGGGCUGGAUAAAUGGACGGGUGUUGAGCGAGUGGGGGGCCUCUGGUUGGAGGUUCUCUGGAACUGGGGGAGGUGAAGGCACAUUGGAUGGUGGAUGAUCAUGCCCAGCACCAUCUGAUUCCUCAUCUGAGCUUGACAGAAUCACUGGCCUUGAAAUGCACAAAAUCAGAUGAUGAAGAUCCACACGACUGUGUUGCUUCGAUAACAGCAAUUUGCUCCCCCAGGCCUGACCUCAAGGAUACACCACUAUCCAGUGCUGAGUUGGAACUGUUUGUUGAUGGUUCUGCCUCAAGGGACCCUAUCACGGGAAAAACUAGGGCUGGGUUUGCUGUUGUAACUGCAUUUAAUACUACCAUUGCACAAUCCUUACCCGGACACACAUCCGCACAAGCAGUGGAAUUGAUAGCUUUAACUGAAGCCUGCAAACAUGCUGCUGGUAAGUCCAUUAACAUUUACACUGACAGUAGAUAUGCAUUCGGGGUGGUGCAUGAUUUUGGGUCGAUUUGGAAGCAAAGAGACUUUCUUACAUCUACAGGCAAACCCAUCUCUAAUGGACCCCUGGUGGUGGCCGUACUGUCACCAUCCUCUGUCGCUGUGUGUAAAUGUGAACAACACUAACUCGCUUGAUCCCAUCUCUGUAGGUAAUUCACGCGCAGAUGCUGCAGCAAAGAAACUGCUCAACAGGAAGUUCAAAACAACAGUUUUGUUUCUGUUCCACAUCCUGACACACACACACACACCAAAUGCUGAUUUAAUUGAUUUACAGAGCAGAGCAACAGCAGAGGAGAAUGCCGCCUGGAAGAAUAAUGACUGUUCUAAGCGAGACGGUAUUGGGUUGAUCCAAAGUGUAAAUCAUGCCUGUCACAUCAUGUAUUUCCACAUUAUGCAGAACUGACACACUGUGUAGACCAUGUGUCAAAAGGAGGGAUGUUGAGUGAAAUACAUAGGUACUGGUUCACAAAGGGGAUUUCCAUUUAUGCCCAAAAUUUUUUGUCAAAAAUGUGUAAUAUGUGUCAGAUUGAAUGUAGGAAGAGGGCAACAGAUACCUAUCUGUUGAAAAGCCAUUUGACCACCUUCUUUAUUGAACUAAGUAUGCAAGAAGGCAAAAAAUAUUGCCUGGUGAUGGUAGAUAUGUUCUCCAAGUGGGUGGAAGCAUACCCCACUAGAAAAGCAGAUGCGAGUGCAGUGGCAAAUAUUUUAACGAGAGAAAUAAUACCCAGAUGGGGCAUUCCAGGAAAAAUUAGCAGUGAUAAUGGAACCCAGUUUGUGAAUCAAGCCCUAUGUCACACUGGUCAGUAUUUGGGAAUUGAUAUGACAACACACUGCGCCUACCACCCUAAGAGUGGAGGAGCAGUGGAAAGAGAAAAUGGCACACUAAAAAACAAAUUGGUCAAAUGUUCGGUUGAAACUGGACUAAAUUGGGUUCAAGCAUUACCAUUGUUGUUAAUGCAAAUGCGGGCAAGGCUCGGGAAAUGAAAUGGUUUGAGCCCAUCUGAAAUUUUGUUUGGCAGGCCCCUUAACACAGGAAUUGGACCACAAAAAAUGCAGUUGCCUGAUACCGUCCAGUGUGAGGAUGAAAUGUUGUGUUAUUGUGCAAACCUCUCUGCUGUGCUUUGUGAUAUUCAUUGACAGGUGAAAGUAGCACUCCCUAGAGAGGUGAAAGGGAAAUUGCAGGAUCUGAAGCCCGGAGACUUGGUGGUGGUAAAGGAUCACAGGCGAAAGAAUUGGAAGUCGCCAAGGUGGUUGGUACCAUUCCAAGUUCUGCUGACAACCACAACCACUGUGAAGGUCGAUGAGAGAGCAACGUGGAUACAUGCAAGCCAUUGCAAAAGGAUUCCAGAAUUAGAGGACAGCCCGUCGAAAGGUGUGUGACAAACCUCGGCUGACAACCAAAGGGGGUCUCUUCACCACUCUGUGGCAUAGUCUGGGAAGGAGGGGGCAUGUACUUUCAGUUGCACGAAUCCUGGCCCCAGUAAAGAAACCAACAACGUCCUGAGCAUAGGAAGGGCCCUCAGUGGAAGCAGCGAGGCAAGAUGACACCCCUUAAGCACCAGAAGGGUGGCCUGUGGACAAUCAUGGGCGCCCUGAUGGUAACUGUAUUGACCCUUAUCAUGGCAACAUGAAUUUAUUAACUAUACUAUUGCAACUCUAGAAGCCAUAAAACAGCAAUUACACGCAACCUCAUUAAUGACAAUGCAAAACAGGUUGAUCUUAGAGACCAUGCGAGCACCUGAUGAAGUGGUCUGUACAGUAAUUGGUGACAAGUGCUGCACGUACAUACCUGUAAACACUGGGUCUGAUGGAAAUUUGACAAAAGCAUUGGAGAUGCUAAAAGAACUAUGGGAUGAACAUGUGUGAAACACUGACCCUGGGGCAGAUCCAGCCAGUUGGCUGUCAUGGCUAUUCUCAUCAGAUUGGAAGGCUGCAUGAAUUAGAUUAGGGACACUGCUUGCUGUUGUAAUAAUGAUGUUGUUUACUCUGUCAUGUUGUAUCAUACCCUUGCUGCAGAAUAUGGUAAAAAGAUUGACUGCCUAUUUAGUAGGUCAAUAUACAAAGAUGCCUGCUUAUGAUCCAUAUAAUCUUGAAAAGCAGCCUGAUUUGAAUCAAAUUCCACAUUGGGUACAAGCAUUCCAUGAGGAUACUGAAUCUGAAGAUGAAAUAUGAAUAAUGUGUGUUUCUUUUUAAAGCUUGCUAUUUCUUACAAACAAAAAACAGCUAUUUUUGCAAUAGAUGUGAUAUUACUAUGAUGAUUAUGCUAUGGAUCAACUUUAUCAGAAGGAGGAAAAUUUCUAAUCAUUAGUAUGAGCAUAUAAUUCUCACAGGAGGGAUUGUAAUAGAAAUGUUAAUACUAUAUAUUAAGUAAUGAGUAAUCACAAUCAUACAUUACGUCUUGAGUGAAUAUACUGUGUGUUUUUCAGUGUUUCUCUCUGGAUGCAUGAAUAAAACACACUCCCUGCACCUGUGGAGACAGAGUGGCCUUGUACCACUCUCAACUGCUUUCUUCUUAUCUAACAAAUGGCUGGGGCAGGUUGGAGAGGUUGGAGCUGGGGGUGGCUGGCCCCAGAGAGAAACCGGCUGGCCCUAGAGAGAAACCAAUUAUUAGCUGAGAGUGAGUCUGUUAUCAGGAAUGCUGGAAUGAUGAAAUCCAGCUGCCUCCUAGGGCCCAUAUAAGCUAGAGAAUUUGGAGGCUCAUUGCUCACCACCAGUUGGAGUUAGAGUCUCCGUAUGUUUUUGAGUCCACCUUGCAAUAUUGCUCAUUAAAAACAUAUUAGAAAGGCA